AUGGCCACCACCUCUCCCACGCCCCCUGGAGCUGCCCACGAGCUCCGCCUCGUUCCUCUCUUCCUCCUCACCGAGCCUCCCAACGCCAGAAGCCCCGAAAACGUCGCCGGCAUCAUCGUGUUCACCGUCGGGCACCGGAGAUCGUCGCCGCCGAUUCGUCGUCCACAGGGCUUCCCCGAGCACGCUGGACAUCCCUACGGCACCGCUGUGAGCCCCCGAGCGUUUCCCCCCUCUCCCCGCAGUCAAUCCCCUCCUCUAGCCAGCCUAGCCACCCGAGCCGAGAGCUCCGUGUCGCCGGCCAUGGCGCCGCCGUGGCCAGAGCCCGAACAAGCCGCUCCCGCACGCGUCGUCAUCCUCCUCACCUCUCCAGGAGCCGUAGCCACCACCAGAUCCUGCCCAUGUGCCCUACAGCCACCGCCCGAGCUCACCCGAGCUUCGGCCGCCGCCGCGAGCUCGUCUCCGGCGAGCAUAGUGCACCCCAGCCGCUGCUGCCUACUUCGUUGGAUGCGGACGAGCAUGGGCUCCCUCCUGGUGGUCGCACCGCACCUAACCGCAGCCCCUAGCGCCGCCUAG